AGUGACCAGAUGCCACAUGACGCUGAUGAACGCUGAUCAUGUCGGCUGUGGAAAGGUUACAACUGAAAAACCGAUUGAAAAGAUGCCAGUAAUUUAUUAAAUAAUUAAAUUUUAUGAAAUGAAGUAGGCAAAACAAGUAUAAACUAUUGUAUCUUUUGGAUACAUAGAAGACAUUACUUAUGUAGGAAAAAUUAUGUGUAAUCUUUUAACAUCAACUAUGGAGACUAAAGUAACAAGUAAAACCAGUAGUUUGAAAGCUCUUUUGUUACGAGCAUGGAGAGAACGCUGGAGUGAUUUACAAUGGGGUAUUAAUAUAAAAACAAUUUUACCAAGAGGUGUUAGUGGAGAUGUAUAUAAUUUAGCAGACUGUAUAUUGCAACAGGCAUUAGUAGGAUUAGGUCCUAAUCAGUUAGUGCUCUCUUACCUGAAACAUUCUUUGAGUUCUCAGUUGGUCUCCUAUGCUGCUGUAUUGCAACGGAUAAGCAAAUACGAUGCCUUUCAUAAGCCCCACUGUAUCUUAAGUUUACUAGAAUUCUUGGAGUCUAUACAAAUAGGUAUAACUUGUCGUGGUAAAUCAGAAGAAGAUCUUUUGGCAGCUGCAGUGUUAUCUAUUGUACAUUGGUUGUUACAAUGUUAUUUGCAUACUUUAACAAAAAUGCCUCAGAACAGUCCACUGACUCCACAACCAACCGAACUAAUGGAUAAACCUGCAAGUAUAUUAAAACAAAUGCUUAGUUCGGAUUUUCUUUGCGCGAUGAUGUACUUAGCCAAAUAUGAUGACAAAGAUUUGUACAAAGAGGUUGUGAAAAAAUGCCAAGAGAUCGAAGCUUUAUUGAAGACUAGUAGUUUAAAGUCUUCUGUGCCAGUUGAAGAAUCUCUUAAAAAACUGUGCAAUUUGGAGAUCGAAUGCCUAGCUCUGUCUUCUGAAAUGACUCAAAUGGAGUCCAUAACACACUGCCUGCAGCCAUUAUUUGCAGUUCAAGUGCUAUUAAAUCCUAGCACAGAGACGACUGUAUUUGUUAAUCAAUUAUUAAUGGUCCAAAGACUUAAAAAUUACACAAACGCUAGAUUGUAUUGUGAAAUAAUUCGUGCGUGUUUAAUGUCUCUACAUAACGUUACGAGUACAUUCAAAGAGUCGCAGUGGGGUGCUUUCACCUUUUUGAAGGUACCUCUUAUUUUAAAGGAACUACAUGUUGCACAUUCGAACGGUGAUAAUAAAUUAGAAUAUUCUCAAGAUAUUCUAGAUGCGUUCGAACUUUUGCUCCAAUUUACACCGCUUCUCGAUAUAAUGGACACAGCAUGUUCUUGUAACAGUGUCGAGUGUUUGUUAAAUGCAUUGCAAAAAGUGAAUUUAGUCACGGAAAAACAGGCCAUGCAAUUAAGUAGUCGAAGAGAGGGUGUUACAGCAACUUUGCAAAAAUUAGAAUCUUCUACGUUGACGACCUCUAUUCCAAAAGUAAUCGUGCGAGCCGAGCCUACAUUAUCUGGAAUAUUGAAGACGCUCAACGCCGAUUACACAAAGAUCCACGAGGCAUUGCUGAGCAUGUUGUAUCAGGUAUUAACUGGAAAGAGUUUUGAACUGAUGUUAGCUGUGGCGACUGUGGAAGGCAAACUGAAGACUUUUGUUACCAAAUUAAUCAAAUUCAACGAAUGUAGUAAACAAAUUAACGAACCUGUACCACCAAAGACUGCCGCAACCAGAGCGAUGUUAUUCGACGUAUCAUUUCUAAUGCUUUGUUCUAUAGUGCAAACGUACGGGUCUGAUGUAAGUUUAAAACAUAAGGACCCUGUAUUAAACUUGUUACAAUGUAACCGAGUUGAUUAUAUUUUUCAGGCCGUUCUAGAGGAAGGAGGAGGUGAUUCCUUUUUCGAGCAAUGGGUACGCGAAUGUAUGCCGGAACGAAACCAACCAAAGUCACCUCAAAAGAUGUUACAAAAUAUUGAUCCUGCUAGGGUAGAUGCGUUGCUGGCGCAAAUCAAUUCCCCGGACCCCGACUUUAAAUCGAGUAAUAUAAAAUGGCACAUCGCGUGUCAAUCGGCUAUGGGUGCCGUGAAAGAGCUUCUUUGUGCUUGGGAAAGUGAUGUACUCGGUGCUGGCGACGUUAAGAGAGCUUUAGACGGUUUACGCGCCACUGCCUGCUGUUUACCCGUUUGUGCAGCAGCUUGGCUUUGCGCAUAUAUGAGUAUCACUCAUCAAGAUGCCCUUUUGAAGCCAAUGAACAUGGUGCAACAUUUUUUAACGCCUCUCCCUGGGGACGAAAUGCAGGACAAUCUUAAAGAACGGUCCAGUUUAAUGUCUCAAAUCAUUCGUAAAAUGCAGUACGAUGUUCAUCCACCCACGCAAUCGAAAACGAAGGUACUUUCGAUGUCUCAUAGCAUUAUAUCCAGACAACCGAUAUUGGAACAAUUGGAAACCGUAUGGAAAAACGUCAAUCAACGGGGGUGGAUAAAUAUUGAAGCAACACAGUCUUUAGAAUCUUUAUUGAACACUGGCGGUUCGCUAUGGUUUGUUUCAAACAUAGUGAAAGAAGUAUUAAAAUAUCCUUACCAGCAGGAGUUAGAUCAAGCCGUAGACUUAGCGUUCGCCAUUUUCCACCUUGACAUUGAGAACUGUACCUUAGAUCUUAUUAACCAUAUCAUUCCACAAUAUUUAUACAAUUCGUUACAGAGCGAAGAACUCGUUGAGCCACAGUCCUCGAUUUUAGCAAAACUAUGCGUGUAUUGUAUAUAUUCUACGUUAGAAUAUAACAAUUCGAAUCCAUGUCGCGGAAAUAGUAGAAAACGCGUGCGACGAGAUUUAGAUGCCGACGAACUUGACGCUCUUGGAGUGCCAGCGAAUAAGAUUCUCAGAUUAAACGAAUCAGGAGAUUCCAAUCCUAUUUUUGGUUCGCAAAGUCCCCAAGCUCAGGGGCCGACUAACGGACAAACAUUGUUUGUAUUGAGGGAUCCCCUGUUAUCGGCGUUAAAUGGAUUGUUCACGAUAUUUACGUUUUUAGCUGGUAGAGACGGUGAAGUGUCCCAACAAACUCAUUUUAUACUUCAAUUUUUACGUCUGAUGGUACAAUGCGGAAAAGAUAGAACUCGCAUCGUAUUGCAAGGGAUGCCUCAGACAUUGGUCCCUUGUCUUUUAAAAGCACUGCCCGAAUUAUUUACGACUGACAUUUUGUUAAGAUUUUACGAUAUUCAGACAGCAGUUGGACGAAAAGCAACAGCGCGAGAUUUGUGCAUGCUGCGAAAUAUCACUCUAAAACCUACGAAGUAGCGCUGAUAAUAUUUUUAAAUCAGAUUACUCUUUCGAACGAUGAUUCAUUGAAAGGAACAAGUAUAAAUAAUAGUGAGACAUCGAUUAUAUAAUUAUUUUAAAAUAUACGAAUUUAAUACGA